UAUAUUUAAUACCUGUAUGGGUGACGCUGUAGGGAGGGUAGAAGAUCGUUUAAUUUUUUACCGAUUAUAUGAGUUAUCUAUUUCAAAGUGUUUAAAAGUAGCUAUGAUAUAACCAUAGAACACGAUACAUUUUUAGUGAUUGAUGUGCAUCUUAAGCAAACAAAUUUUGGGUUCAAAUAAGGAGACUAACUAGGACAGUAUUUUUCGCACUACCGACUGUACCGUCGUGAUUUGGGAAGUGCAGGCAGUAACCUAUGUUCUAUCCUCCCACGACGAUUUCCAUAAUCCUUAUUUCUCGGGGCCCCAGUAAGCACAAUAUUCUUCAUAUUUAUAACGAAUUAUAAUUGUAUUCCUUUUUCAUGGAAGAAUGUUGUAUUCAUUUCAAAAUAUUUGGUACAAAUUAAAACUAAUCUUGAAGUUGAAGUUUAACAUAAUAAAUACCGGAAAUUGUAAAAUAGUUUUCAAAAGUCAAUGAUAGACCAGAAAUUAAUUGAACUUGAACCAAAAAUACAUAUUUUUGGAAACUUUCUCGUGUUAAAUGAAACUGUUAACCACAAAAGGUAUAGCCACUUUCAUUUUUUACUUAGGACAGUGCAUCUUAAAAUGGAAAGAACAGUGUUGGUCACAGUGUUAUCAUUAUGCAUUUAAUAAUUUAUUAUGCUGAAAAUAGUCUACUUAAGUAUUUAAUAAAAUUAUGUCAGCUAAAAGGAACAAAACAGACUUAACUUUUAUUCGAGAUGGGAAGUUAUCUAGGCAAGCUAGAUCAUUUAAAGAAGAUUUUUUUGGUAAAAUUGUUCCUAAAAAGAAUCUUUUAUCCCCAAAGAAAAAUUCCAAAUUAAGAGGGAAAAGAGUAGAAAGAAAUUCUGAAAAAAAAGUUAUCAAAAGUAGAAUAGAAAAUGAAAUAGAAGACCUAUAUUCUGAUGCCCAGCAUCUUAAGAAUGCAUUGCGAUAUGUUCAGGAAGUUGUUGAAAAAAAAAAAACACUAGAAGUUUUACCAGGUUCUGCAAAUGUGGUGUUAGAAACAGUUUUAAGUAUUCAGUUAAAACUGUCAAGAUUGUUUGAUAAUGACCAGUGCCUAGUAGUAUCAUCAUCGUUUAAAGAAGUCUAUAAAACCCUUGCAAAUUUGGUUAAGUGGUCUGAUAAUGCUCUAUACAUUAGUAACAGUUAUAUUCUUGCCACAAAUAAUGUUGAUGACAUUAUUAACCAAUUACAAGAAGCAGUGGAUGGUCUGGUCAAACUUUCGGUUGGUAUUUUAUCAAAUACAGAUAAUAAUUUGAAUCAGGUUUUUACAAGUUCACUUAAAAACUCAAAUAUUCCAGAUAACUUUCAUGGGAAGUCAUUGUUGGACAUUCCAUCAACUUCAAGAGAAAAAGGAACUUUAGAAAAUAUUAAAGUUCCAAACUUGUCUCAGUGCUCACCUAGUUUUCAAACCAGUGUGUCUAACUACUCAAUUUUUCCUGAUGAUGUACUGCAUUCUAGUAUUCUUCAAAUGAAAGAAGACAUCCAACCUCCUAUUUCACUGGGGAUGAACUCAAAUUCACAAUACUGUAUACUUCAACCACAACUAACAGACCUGGUAUCCUCUCUUCCUCCAAAACAAUGCAAUACAGAUAUUGUGGUUAGUUCUGAGCCACAUACUGAACAUCCUAAAAGUCUUGUACAAAAACACAAAUUUUAUAGUUACUCUACUAGCAGUGCUUCAACUUUUGGCACUUCAACUGCUGGUAAGACUGAAACCACAUCAGUAGGUUUCCCAAACUGGCAUAGCCCAGAUGAUUUCUUUCCCUUAUCACCUGUUGCUAAACUUGUGGAUAGCAGUAUUGACACCAACCAUCAGUGCUCAACUAAUGAUUCAUUAACAAUGAGCAGUUCAAGAAGUUUUAUGUAUUCUCAAAAAGCCAAAGAUGUAAGCAUUCAUCGUUCAGAAAUUUCUCAUACCAAAAGCUAUAGAUAUCUUUCAACAAGUUUUAAAACCCCAAAUUCAAAAGAUUUAGGAAUAAUGAUGGAACAGCAUGUAAGUUGUAUCUCAAAAGAAAGUAAACAAACUAAUCAUAUAAUCUCUUCUGGAUUGGGAUCAAUGAACAUUGAUCUUGAGCAUCCUGCUGUCCUUUCAGACAAACAAGGUACAGAAAGCAAUUGUGAAAGACAGUCUCACUAUGACAACAAAGCAUCAUGUAAUUUUUUGUUUGUAGAAAAAAAUGGUUUUGGCACAGUUAGCAAUUCUAUGUUGUCUGAAGCACAUUCUUCACAGUCAGUUAUAGACCAUAAGAAUUGGGUGGAUACGAGUCACAAACAUUCAUGUUCUUUUCAUAAAAUUAAAUGUACAUCUGAAGUAAGUGAACCAUCACCACUGCCUAUGAAGAAGAAAAACAUAGUGGCGUAUAUGCAGAUGUUGGGUUCUUACCAACCAGAUGAGAAAGAUUUUUUUUACCAUUCUAAUUACACUUUCCAUGCGAUAGAGACACGUUGGCAAAAACAGAAUGCAAUACUGACCCACCCACAGUUUUUCAAGACUGCACAAGCAUCCAGUUCAGAUGAUUCUGUAAUUUCAGAUGGACAGAGUAGUCUAAGCAGUUUUGGUGAGGAAACUGAAACAGCAUCACCAGCAAUGCCUCCAAAAAGGAGUGCUUUCUUACAAGCUUCAAUCCUCGAAUUAGAAAAAACUUGUUCAGAAGUGGGAGAUAAAGGUACUUCUCUAGAGAUUGAAAAACAAAACUUGCCAAUUUCAAGUAUGGAUGAAACAGAAUCCAACAUACUAGAUCGUCAAGAUGUAAGUUCAUAUAUUGUUUGGAAAAAACCAAAUGAAGAAGGUCCAGAAAUUCGAGGUGGUCCUGUAGACGCACUUAUUGUCCAAGCUUCAAAAGCAGGAAAGAAGAGUUUUCUAUAUCAAGAAGCAUUUCUUACAACGUAUCGCACAAUUAUUUCUCCUGUUGAACUGAUUGAUAAACUUAUUUACAGAUUUAAUAAAUUUAUUCAUAUGACUGAUACUAAGGAGCGAGCUGCUCGAAAUGCAUUUUCUUUGUUGGUACGGGUUGCUGAUGAUUUGUGUGGGAGUGAUAUUGAAGAUGGUGUUCUGCAGAAAAUAUCAGAUUUUGUUCAUCAGUUGGUUAGUACUGGAGAGUUAACAUUUGCUAGAAUUUUAAGAAAGAAAAUUGUUGAGAAAUGUGAGGUAUAUCGUUUUUCACAACAGUCCCUGCAGGUCCUCCUCACUUCAUUGAAUGUAACCACUUGUUCAGCAUCUCUGUUAGAUUUUAAGUCGGAAGUUUUAGCAGAACAGAUGACCUUGCUAGAUGCUGAACUUUUUCAAAAGAUUGAGUUUCCAGAAGUGCUAUUGUGGGUGAAGGAACAAAAGGAAGAUUUGAGUCCCAAUUUGACCUCUUUUACUGAACAUUUCAACAAGAUGUCUUAUUGGGUGAGAUCAAGGAUUUUAGAGCAGAAUGAUGCUAGAGAAAGAGAAAAAUAUGUUAGCCGUUUCAUUAGAAUUCUAAAACACUUGAGAAAGCUAAAUAACUUUAAUUCUUAUCUGGCUGUACUUUCAGCACUAGACUCUGCCCCCAUUCGUCGUUUGGAGUGGCAAAAGAACAUUACCGAAGCCCUGAAAGAGUACUGUGCUCUGAUUGAUAGCUCAUCUUCCUUUCGGGCAUACAGACAAGCUCUAGCAAACACAGAGCCUCCUUGUAUCCCUUACAUUGGUCUUAUCCUUCAGGACUUGACCUUUGUUCAUGUUGGAAACAGUGAUUUCCUUCCUGAUGGAAAUGUCAACUUUUCCAAACGGUGGCAACAGUUCAAUAUUCUUGAAAAAAUGAGACGAUUUAAAAAACCAUCCUAUCCAUUCAAGCGUAAUGAACAAGUUAUCAAUUCCUUCGGUAAAUUUAAUGACCACUUGUGUGAAGAAGCUAUGUGGCAAAUCUCAGAGACAAUAAAACCAAGAGGAGGUCAGAAGUGAAGUUUUAAUUUCAAAAUUAUCCUAUGUGUAGAACUGUAUCUCCUAAUAGUUUUUAAACUGGUUUCUAUCUUGUAAUAUUUGUCAGUAAUUCUUUAUCUAAGGAUGUAUUACAAAAAUCCUAUAACCCGAGUGCAAACAGUUUGCCUCUGAUGAAGAAAAGUCUAUCUUUCAAAAGCACUGUGGUUAUAGGGUCUUGUAUUUUUUGUGUUAAAUUGAUAUUUUGAACCUAUGUGUUUUUGUAACAUCAUGAAAAUGAGAUGUAUUACAACAGUAUGAAGUAGAAUAUUGGUAUGAUGUAUUACAAUAGUAGGAUAUCAGUAUGACGUAGGAUAUAUUCAUCCUUAAUCUUCUCUUUGAACAAAAUAUUGCAAUACUGGAGUGAAUUUUUGCCAAAGUUGAAGAGAGGCCUAGAAAGUAACAAUUCUGAAUAUUUUUUGUGACAAUAAAUAUCUUUGCUUAGAAAUAUUAAACAUACUUAAAUUGAAAGAGGAUUGUAUUUUUAUACUAAUGAGAUUAGUGAGUUGAUGAAAACUGUUCAGUAGCCAAAUACCAAAGUUUUUUAGAGCUGAACUUUUUUUAAAAUUAAAUUGAUGCUAUAUUGAAAAUUUACUUAAAAUAUUACCAAGAUAUUGUUUUUAACACUUGGGAUAAAAAAUUGCUUUUAAAUGAGUUUGUCCUAAGUGUAUCAUUAAAAUGUACAUGUACAACAUGUAGUUUCCUGAUUUUAUAUUGCAAAUUUAAAUAUGUGAUAUUCAUUUACAAUAUACACAAUUUUUGUUUAUAUAUUUUUUGUUGUACUGUCUGUUUGUUUACUUCUAUGUGAUGUUAUAUAUCAGUAUGCACGUUUCAUUUUCCUAUUCACAAAAGACAAAUACCUGUAAUUUGCUUUUAACACUUCAUCACCCAUACUGUUUUUCAAUCUUGUGAAGUAGUUUGGACAUCUCAGCAGUAGGAACAUGAAUUUAACCAUCAAUUAGUAGCUUUUAAUUUGUACAUGAAUGCAGUUAUUAAGAUAAUUUUCUUCACUAACAGCAGUUGAAUCUCUCUGCUGUUCCUUACCUAAACAAUUUUUAAUCAUAUACAGUUUAUAAAGAUACAUAAGAAUACUGUUACUUUUAUUAAUUAAAUUCACUGUAUCAACUCAGUUUUAAUCUUAACAAAAGACAGAAACUUAGUGUACAUCAGUGAAUUGACACAACACAUUGUAAUGAGUUCAUUUGUUAACCUAAAUUAUGCUUAAUAAAAGAAGGACAUAGUUUUAGAAAAUAAGAUCUGAAAACAUUUAUAAAUAAAGGCACAAAUAUAGAAGAUUAAUUAAUAAUUAAUUAAUAGUAAUAAUACAGGAUAGUAAUCCAGAAAUAAGGAUGUUUAUUUUAAUGAAAUCAAAAUUUGAGGAGGAAUAUUUUUGUAGCAGCUUUCUGAUAUAGUAAUCACAUGCAGAAAAAAUGAAUUUUAAUUAGUGACAGAAGCAUUAAUAAUAAGCUUCUUUAGUUUCAACUUUUUAGUAACAAAGGCAUAAUUUAUUAAAGAGUUCUCACUACAUACUCAGAACAUUAAAGUGUUUUAUACCAGGAUAUUUUGAUGUGUAAUAUGAAAAUGCCUAUGUGUCCUUUCUUUAAGUAAUUUUGUUUUAUUUUUCUGUAAUUGAUAGAUUCCUCACUGUACUGAGUAUUCUACAUUACUAGCACCUUACAAACAUUACAAUGUUAUCUCUUCUACCCCAUUUACAACAAUACUAGGAACAAACAUCAAGUCUGUUGUAAUACUUGUCACUUACUCCUUGGUGUCCUCCACACACACACACACUAAAUAUUUUCUGAGAAAUUGAAUAGUUUCAAAAAUUUGGGACUAUAAAGGAUGAAUAAAUCUGUUGGAUAAAACAACAUUUUCAGAUCUUGUACUUAAUAUCUGUUUAUGGAACAAGGAGUGUAGAACUGAACUAAUGCAUUCUUUUUAUAUCUCCUGCCAUAGCAAGAUAAUUCAGCUAAACUUGUCUUGUAUCAUUGCUUACUUGUAUCUUGUAAAUGCUAAUAUAGUAAAAAUAUUUCCUCUGUAAAACUAGGCAGCUUUAUUUUCUUAGAAACUCUAAGAUACUACAUGUGAUGAACAAUGUUUUAUAGAAUUUCAAAAAGAGUGAAUAUUUUAUUUAUACUUUUGAUUUCUUGACCUUUACUGUCCCUUUUAACACAAUAAUACUUUCCAUAAAUAUUCUUGUACAAGUGAAAUACUUAUAAUAUUUUUGUGAAUGUAAAUAAAAGUAACAGUCAUAAACUUCAAAUAUUUUUAUAUAACAUUUUUUAUAGAAUUAUAUUUUGAUAUAACUGUAAACUGUAUGUUAUGAAUAUAAUUUUGUUAAGAUAUACCAGAGUAGCUUAAUUUGUGGAAUUUUGUAUUUUUUGGAAGUGACAUGAAAUUAAAGAUUAAGCAUUGAAAAACCUUUAAGAAUGACUGUCAUUAUAAAUUUGUUUUCUCAACUACCUUAUGUAUGACAUAGUCACUAUUGAUUACAGGUGAAUUUUUUAUGUUUUUUUAUUAUUAUUAAGAAUAAAGUAACUUCUAGUUCUUGAGGUGAAGUUAAUAGCCUAAAUUCAAGGUAACAUAAAUUGGUUAGAAGUAACUUGUUUAGGAAUAAACUAGAAUAAAAAACACCCAGCAAAUCAAUGUGUAGCUUAAAUAAUGUAAUAUAUAUAUAUAUAUAUAUGUAUGUAUUCCAUAUUUGAGAAAUAAAAAUGCAUUUUAUAUGAUA